CCGCUUCUUGAUUUGCAUUAUUUGCAUUUGCACAUACUGUUAUUAAUGCAGCUUGCAACUACUAUACGUAGUUGAAUAAGGAAUCGAUUUAUUUUAAAUCAAAAUAGUCAAGUUGGGUUAAUUUUUUUAUUAACAAGUGCACAUCGUCUUGAUACAAACAUGCGCUGUCAUUUUUUUUGGAAGGUUUCUCUAUCAUUACUGCUAAUAUUGGCUCACAUAUCAGUACAAGCGAAAAAACAAAAGACAUCAGUAAUUACAGGAAUAGAUGAAAUAAAAGAAUUUAAAAAGUUACUUAGGACUAAAACAAAUGUGUUGAUAUUGUUUGUAAACAUAGUGAAGCAGUCUCAGAGUGUAACCGAUGUGUUCAAGGAGACUGCGGAUAUGAUGAAGGGUCAGGCGACAUUAGUUAUUGUUGACUGUAGUACUAGUGAAGGCAAGAAAUUAUGUAAAAAAUUAAAAAUAUCUCCUGACAAACCUUACACUAUAAAACAUUAUAAAGAUGGAGAGUUCCAUAAAGAUUAUGACCGAAGUGAAUCAGUUAGUUCCAUGACUAACUUCCUCCGGGACCCUACUGGAGACUUGCCAUGGGAAGAAGACCCAGAGGCCACUGACAUAUACCAUUUGCAAGAUGGAGAGGCAUUGGCGAAAUUUUUGAAAAAAGGUGCAGCUGCCUACAAGAGAUGUUUGAUAAUGUUCUACGCCCCUUGGUGUGGCUACUGCAAGAGCAUGAAACCAGACUACGUGUCGGCGGCCGGAGAUUUGAGGGGUGAAGCUCUGCUGGCAGCGAUCGACGUGGCCAAACCCGGCAACGCCAAGAUCAGACAACUGUACAAUAUCACCGGUUUCCCCACCUUGCUGUAUUAUGAGAAGGGCCACUUGAAGUUCCCUUACAACGGCGAGAACAAGAGGCAGGCGAUCGUGGACUUUAUGAGGGAUCCCACGUCGCUGCUCAAACAGAAGAAAGCCGAGCCAGCUGCCGACGAGAGCUGGUCUCAGGACUCUGAUGUUGUACACCUGACAGAGGCCAACUUCAAGUCCGUAUUGGCGGCGGCGGAGCACGCAUUGGUCGUGUUCUACGCACCGUGGUGCGGCCAUUGCAAACGCAUCAAACCAGAGUUCGAGAAGGCUGCCACUAAGAUAAAGUCAGAAAAGAUUAACGGCAUCCUGGCCGCCGUGGACGCGACGAAGCAGCCUGAGCUAGCGUCGGCCUUCGGCGUCAAGGGCUACCCGACGCUCAAGUACUUCAAACGCGGCGAGUUCAAGUACGACGCUGGGCACGCGCGCCAGGAGGAACAGAUUAUUAGCUUUAUCAAGGACCCGAAGGAGCCGCCGCCGCCACCGGCGCCCGAGCGGCCCUGGACCGAGGAAGAGUCUCCCGUGCGUCACCUAGACGCCUCCACCUUCCGGACCACGCUGCGGAAGGUCAAGCAUGCCAUCGUCAUGUUCUACGCUCCAUGGUGCGGGCACUGCAAGAGCACAAAGCCCGAGUUCGUGAAGGCGGCCACGCGGUUCGCGGACGAGCUGAUGGUCCUGUUCGGCGCCGUGGACUGCACGGCCGAGGCCAAGCUGUGCGGCGAGCACGGCGUGCGCGGGUACCCCACGCUCAAGUACUACAGCCACUUCGACCGCCGCGUGCUGGACUACACGGCCGGCCGGCAGGAGGCGGACUUCGUGUCGUACAUCCACACGGCGAUGGGCGAGACGGCGCAGAAGGCGGCCGCGUCUCCGCAGGCGGCCGGCUUCGGCGGCAGCGUCACGCUCUCCUUCGACGCUGACUUCGAGGCCACCAUAGGUAGCAGCAAACCCGUCUUCGUCAUGUUCCACGCCAUAUGGUGCGAUCAUUGCGUCGCCGCGAAACCGACUUUCAGUAAACUAGCGACGGCUCUCAAAACGGAAAACUCCCCGGUGACAGCGAUAGCGGUGGAGGCCGACAAGAACCCGAAGGCCGUGGACGUGGCCGGCAUCCAGACGCUGCCCACCUUCAAGAUGUUCGCCAACGGCAAGCUCCUCGCCGACUACGAAGGCGACCGCUCCCUCGACGACUUGCUCAAGUUCUGCAAGACUCAUGCCAAUGUAAAGGACGAGUUGUGAUCGUUGUGGUAUUACACUCUAUUUGUACUGCGAGUCAUGCUGCAGUACCACGUCGAUCAGUACUAUUCCAUAUACUUAUUCAUACUUAACAACAUUUCGUCGCUGAUGAGCGAUGAGACCAUUUGGGUACUCGCUUUCCUAGUGAAUGAGCUCCUCUAACUGGUUUUAGUUUUAGAAAUUUUAACACAGAUUGCAUAUCGAUUUUUCAUGUUACAGUAACUCCGGUUGGAUCUUUACCUGACUUUUUCGUAAACGCGUCAAUGUGAAGUUCUGGAGUGAGGUAAAUUUUAUUGUAAUGACGUAAGAUCGAUUUUUGACCUCAACUUAUUCAUUUUACAUGACAUCAACAAAACCCGCAUUAGAGUAGAGAUUACAAAAUUCCCAUCAUACAGGGUCGAAUUACGUGAUCAUUUUACCCUGUUAAUGUCGUUGUUUUUCUUAUAGUAUUAUAUAGUACGACUAUGUACCAAAAUCAAUGCCCAUUUAAUAUUGAGUCGUAAUUAGUUAAUAAACAACAGUCGUAUAUCACAAUAUAUGUACGUAGUUUGGCCUGAUACAUGUAUUUAGAAGUUAUUUUUAUCUAUCAGUAUGCCUAUUGGUUGUAUACCUAAUGGUAGGUAGGUAUGUUUUAUAGUACAAGUUAUCAGAAUAUUAUUUUAAAUAAGUAUAGCAGUUUUAAUUAGUCAUGCUUUAAACUGUUCUAAGAGACUUUUUCUAAAAGUAAUGUUCUCUGUGCGUAUAUAGGUACAUAUGUAGACUAUGUAGUAACUUUAUAUCAAGACAAUGCUGGCGAAAAGGUUAAGUACCUACAAGUACAGUCUGGCUAACAACUCUUUGUUUUGCUGUUUUCUCACACAUAUUGAUGUGACGGCACUACGAUGUUGCCAAUUUUUAAUUUCUGCUCUUUUUAGCCAGACUGUAAGACAGCUGAUGUUGAUGCUAAUACAGGGUGAAAUUGUGAAGGACCAUCAGCCAUACUUUGCAUAGUGACUUUUGAAGUCACAAUGAACAACUGAAAUUGCGAAAAAUAAUUGGCUGUUGCAUACAUUCCGACUGACAUGAGCCGCUUAUUUCUUUGAAACAGCCACUUUUUUGCGAUUUCAGCAUUGGUUCCAUAAUAAAAGUUGUUAAUUAUGAAUAGAAUAAAAUAGAAACACUUUAUCGA